AUGAAUUAAAAAAUUUUCAUUCUUUCUCGAAGCUUAUUUACCUUAUUUGGAAUUUUUGGCUCACUAAGAGUCUUUAAAAAAUUUUAAAGAUACAUGGAUAUAUUUUUUUAUUAGAAAAUCAACAAAAUUCCUUUGACAAUAAGCGAAUCAAAAGAAUAUUUAUCAUAAAAUCCUUAAUCAAAAUAUUUAUUAUUGACUGGGCAUAUUCUCCCAGCAAAUUAAACAUAAACAAGAUUUCUUAAGCUUGAGUGCAUUCUUAAGAAUAAAUAAGAAUUUUAAGUUGAUGAAUUUUAAUUGCUUGAUGCUUAACAUAAGUAUAAAUACGUAAUAUAUUAAAAGUUAAAGAAAAAAUAUCAAAAUAAAUAGAGACAGUAUUCUACUACCUGAAUUAGUUGAUUAUUAAAAGACUUAUUCAUAUUAAAAAGAGAGCUUUUCAUUAAUUUAAAAAGUAAAAUGAUUAAAAAUUUAGAUUUUAAACAAAUUGCCCUUCUUUAAUAAAUAAUCUAAAAUUAUUGAAACUCAUAAAGGAACUUAAUUUGGAUAGUUCACAACUAUGUUGUGUAAAAGAAAUGGAGAAAAUUUAAAUUUAUUGUAUCUAUCUAAUCAAAAUUAUGAUAAAAUAUUUUUAUAACUUUAGAGGGAUAUCAUUAAUUUUGCUUCAUUAGUUUAAAUAUUAACUUCUUUUGGAGCAAUUGCUCAAUUAAUUUAUUUUUUUGUUAAACAAUGGUAAGAGAAACAAAAUUAAAAUCAAUAGGCAGAGGCAAUUCCUCCAAAUUUAAAUAAAAAGUCUGUAAGUACGAUUUUAAACAGCCAAAAUGAACAAGAUAUAUGUGUUGUAUGUCUAUCCAAAACUAGAAGUAUUAUUUUAGAACCUUGCCUUCAUUUUAUUGUUUGUUAAGAUUGUGUGGAUCAUUUAGAUAAAUAAAUAUGUCCAUUUUGUAGAAUAAAGAUAGAAAAAAAAAUAAAGGUCUUGUAUGAUUGA